CUCCUUUCUCCUCUUUCCCGCCCCCUUUCUCCCUCUCUCCCGCUCCUCUUCCCCCCACUUCUUUCUGUCCCCCACUUUUCCCUGUUCCCCGCUCCCCUCUCUCUUUCUUCGUCACGAAUAGGAAAACCCUAUAAAUAAUCUGCGAGUUGAGUCAUUUAGGGAGAUCUGGAACCGAAGGAGUUUUCGAUUCAAAAAAUUCCCCAAGAAACUGAGGUUUUUCGAGUCGCAAGAAAUCCCCCAUAGACGACAUUAAUUCUUUUAGCCGUAUUGUUCGAUAUCGAGUCAAAAUCCACACCAUUUUGUUCUGUUUUUCCCUUGGCAUCUGUUUGGAUUCGAAGGGUAUACAAAUUCGAGGUUUUUAGUGUUUCGAAGUAGAUUUGAAGUGUUCGAGGUAGAUCGGGAACCUCGAAUCCUUGUUCGCUACACCCCAAAAAGGAUCAAAAUAAAUGUAGAUACAAGGACCAAAUUUAAACCUAUCCUCUAAACACAAGGACCAGUUUGUCGGCUUCUCAAGUGGAAAAGCGCCAUUGGAGUUGUUUUUCUGGUUUCCAGUUUCUACCUCUUGGAAAGGAGAAGGAGCUCCAGCUUCUGCAGAUUGAACGAAGAAGAGGGGAAGAACCUCGUUGUGACUGUUAAUCGCCAUGCACGCUCUAAUUCGCAAGUCGGCUGCUCAGCUACGAGCAAACUCCCAAUUCAUCCACAUUUCAACAUCUACAGCUCCGUCAAUCAAAGAGACCGGACUUUACGGCUAUCAUCAUUUGAAAACUCCCAAAGGCUUUCAACGAUUCGUCGACGAUGCUAUUGAAAGGUCAGAAGAACUUGUGAAGUAUAUAUCUGGCAUGCCGUCAUCUCCUGAAAUUAUCCGAGCAAUGGAUGAGAUUUCUGAUACUGUGUGCUCAGUAAUUGAUUCAGCUGAAUUGUGCAGACAUACUCAUCCAGACAGGGAGUUUGUUGAUGAGGCAGGCAAGGCAUCCCUAAGAGUAAAUGAGUUUUUACACUACCUUAAUACAAACCAUAGUAUAUACAAGGCAGUAAUAAAAUCAGAAAAAGACAGCAAUUCACUCACACAUGAAGCGAAAAGGGCAGCCCGCUUUCUACGAAUGGACUUGGAGAAGGGUGGAAUCCAUCUUUGCUCUGAAAAACGGGAUCGAGCUAAUGAGCUUUCCAUUGACAUUAUUCAGUUGUGUAGAGAGUAUAAUGAAAAUAUCAUUACUGACCCAGGCCAUGUGAAUAUAUUUCCAGCGUCUAAGAUCCCUAAAAGAUUGCACCACCUUGUCAGCCCUAUCUAUCGUAACCUGUCGGGUGCAUCUAAGGGAUCUCUGGGGUCAAGAGAUAACAUGAAAGAACAAGGAUUUCGCUUAGCAACUGAGUCAAGUACUCUGCAAGGCUUUCUUCAAUGUGUACCAGAUGCUGGGGUCAGGAAGGUGGCAUAUGUCCAAGGAAAUUCUGUUCCACAAGCAAACCUCGAGGUUCUUGAUAAACUUAUUGCAACUAGACACGAGUUUGCACAGCUUACGGGGUAUAAGUCUUAUGCUGAAUUUGCUCUACAUUCUACUAUGGCUGCAUCUCCUGAAGUGGUCUUAUCCUUUUUGCUUGAGAUGAGCAAAGUGGUCAGACCCAAGGCUGAUCAGGAGUUUGAGGCGAUUCAGAAUUUCAAGAGAGAGAAUAGUGGUGAUCCCAGAGGGGAGUUGGAGCCCUGGGAUGAGGCAUACUUCACGUGGCUGAUGAAGUCUGCAACAUACAAGUUGGACUCCUUGGUUAUUGCAUCAUAUUUCCCUUUACCGCAGUGUAUUGAGGGUUUGAAGGUUUUGGUUGAGUCGCUCUUUGGUGUGACAUUUCACAAAGUACCCCUUGCACCUGGUGAAUCAUGGCAUCCUGAUGUGAUGAAGAUAGUGCUACAUCAUCCUACUGAGGCAAACCUGGGGUACUUAUACCUCGAUUUAAAAUCAAGAAAAGGUAAAUAUCCCAUUUGUGCUCAUUUCGCUAUCCGAGGAGGGCGUCGAGUUUCUGAGACAGAAUACCAACUUCCUGUCGUAGCGCUUGUUUGCAAUUUCUCCGGGUCAAGUUUGGCUCCGGUGAGGCUUAACCACUUUGAAGUAGAAACACUUUUCCAUGAGUUUGGGCAUGCUCUACAUUCAUUGCUUUCAAGAACGGAAUACCAACACUUUUCUGGUACGAGGGUGGUUCUUGAUUUUGCUGAAACGCCUUCAAACCUAUUUGAGUCCUAUGCCUGGGAUUAUCGAGUGUUAAAGACAUUUGCUAAACACUACUCAACCGGUGAUAUCAUUCCCAAAGAACUUGUAGAAUCAAUGGUGGGAGCUAAAAAGAUGUUUGCUGCAACUGAAUUGCAACGGCAGAUCUUCUAUGCAAUAGUUGACCAAAUACUCUUCGGAGAGCAGCCAUCCACGGGGAGAGAUACAAUAACAAUUGUUGCAGAUUUAAAAAGACAACAUACAAGUUGGUCGCAUGUGGAGGGAACACAUUGGCAUACCCGAUUCAGUCACCUUACAAACUAUGGUGCAGGUUAUUAUAGCUACCUGUAUGCGAAAUGUUUUGCCACGAGUAUCUGGCAAAGGAUGUGCCAAGAGGAUCCUUUGUCAUUGGACACUGGUUCGGUUUUAAGAACAAAAUUCUUGCAGCAUGGAGGAGCCAAAGAUCCAGCUGAUAUACUAAAUGAUCUUGUGGGGAGUGGCAUUGUAAGGAGUUGCAAUGGGGGUAUAAUACCGGACAUUACAAGCCUUUGUGAGGAAAUGGAACUCUUGAAAUGCUAGCAAAAGGAGUUCUAACCCCGCAUUGAGAAAAAGUAUUCUCUCCCCUGCUAAAUCAUGGCGAGGCCAAGUAUCUGUGCACGCAGAUUGCGGCCCACCAUUGAAGAGUUGGAAUUGAUUUAAGAUGAGGCUUCCCAUCAUAACAGCAACUAAAUAGUGCUGAUCUGAAGAGAUUUCAUCACGGCCAAGCAAGCAAAUUAAAGUAUUUUCGAGCACGUCAUUCUGAAGUUAGCGUUCAGAGAAAACAUCUCAUGGCCAGGCUAUUUAUUGAGCAAUUCUUCAAAGAAACUAAUUGUGUUCAUCAUUUUUUUUUUCUUAAUUUGAAUAAUGUAUAUUCCAAUAAAACAGAAGAGAUGUAAUGGUUCUAGGAAUAUAUCAAUGUGUGAAAUGAAUUUUGACCGAGGAAAGGUUGUUUGGUUGAUUGCAAA